AUGGCCUGUGCGGGCCCAAAGCGUCCCGAAGUUGGCCUCACCAGGCCCAGCUCCUACCUGGCGCCCAGAACUGUUUCCAGUCGGCAUCUCCAGGCCCCGGCUCUCCCUCUCCGCCGCGUCCACCGGCCCAACUCCUGCCUCACGACAAGCACGUUUCGGCCCAGCUCCUGGCAGCCUUUAGGCUCAUCUCGUGUCUCGCCGCGGUCUCCCCAGGCCCAGCGCUCCUGCCUCGGGGCAGCCUCCGCGGGCCUGGCUCCUGCGUCCCGAUGGCCUCCUGAGGCCCGGCUCGUGCCACGCCGCGGCCUCUUGAGGCCCAGCUUUUCCCUUCUGGCGUCUUCUCCAGGUCCAGAACUUUUACAAGUCGGCCUCCCCCGGCCCAGUUGCUGCCUCCAAGCAUCCUCUCCGGGCCCAGCUCUUUUCUCACGGCUGCGCCCACGGGCCCAGCUCCCGCCUCCAAACAGCCUCCUGUUACUCGGCUCCUGCCCAGCUCCCGGCGGCCUUCGUAGGCCCGAAGCCUCCUCCGGUCCAGCUCUCCAGGCCCGCCUCUUUCCUCACCUCACAGCGGCCUUUGCACGCCCAGCUCUCACCUCCCAACGACCUUCCCUGGCCACGCUCACCCCAGGUCUCCCUCCCAGCCGCAUCCACCGGCCCAACUCCUGCCUCACGACAAGCACGUUCGGCCCAGCUCCUGCCCAGGUCCUGGCAGCCUUUGUAGGCCCCCGGCUUCCCUACGUCAGCCUUCCAGGCCCACCUUCAGCAUCCCGGCCGCCCGGAGAGACCCGGUUCCUGCCUGACAUCGGCCUCUCCCGGCCCAGCUGUGGCCUCACCUCGGCCUCCACAGGCCACGUCUCCACCUGCCUCGCGGCAGCCUCGGCCCGAAGCCUCCUCCGGUCCAGCUCUCCAGGCCCGCCUCUUUGCUCGCCUCGCAGCGGCCUUUCCAGGCCCAGCUCUCGCCUCCCGACGACCUUCCCCGGCCACGCUCGUGCCGGCCUCCCGACAGCCUCCAGAAGCCCAGCUCAGGCCUCACGUUGGCCCCUCUGUGCCCAGCUGAUGCCUCACGGUGGCCUCUCCGGGCCCAACUCCUGCCCACUCCGAGGGCACCUCCCGGCCUAAAGCUCCCUUCCUCAACGUGGGCCCCACUGGGCCCAGCUCCUCUUGCCUCCGGCUGAUGGCCUGUGCGGGCCCAAAGCGUCCCGAAGUUGGCCUCACCAGGCCCAGCUCCUACCUGGCGUAGGCCCCAAGGGGCGUGGCCUC